CCCUUUUCGUCAGUGUCCCAUGCACCACGGCCAGCACACACAUCCUGUCUUUGUGGGUCAGGAAUGCCAGGAAUCCAGACUUCUGCCCUAAUCCUCCCACCCCUCCUUCCCCUACAAGGUGUUCUCUCUCUCUCUCAAACAUUCCCAGAAUCCUGGUGGUUUCAGCCCAGUGGUCUGGGUGUCGGUGUGGCUCACUUCUCUCUCUCUCUCUCUCUCUCUCUCUCCAUUCCUCCUCUCUCUACAGUGCUCCUCCAUCCCCACAUCAGUGGCAGGCAGGUAGCAACACCUGCUCUCCGUGGUUCCCCCUGCUCCCACUGAUCUUAACACACACACAGAUUCCUGCUGCCUCAACAUAUCCAUGGUGGUUUUUAACUUUGGUUUUUCGUUUUGUUUCAUUCCUCGCAAUUGUUGAAUUUCUGAAGCGUUUUUUGUAUUCAAAGAAAUACACGUGUUAUUCUAAACCGUUAUUAUUUAUAUCCUAUUUGAUGCUUUUUAGGAUUUGCCUUCGUAGAUGAAGGUGUGUUGUCGUUGUGGUUUUGUGAAGGUGAACUGGGUUAAGCGAGGACAGGUCUGACAAAUAGAGCAAGGAUCCACAGAAACAGGUCCUAUGUAUGUUCUUUGCCUUCUCCUGUGGUGUGAGAGACUAUAUAUUCCCACUCACUCCUUUCUCUCGCUUUGCAGGUUUUCAGUGGCCUCAUCAAAUGUGCUAAAUUAUGUUUCCUGUGUUUCAUAACAGAGAGAGCCAAGGCCUAAUGCAGGGCCUUCCUGCCCUCGAGCAAAACACUUUUUAUAGUCCUCUGGGAUGACAAUGGCGAUGUUUAGUUUUUCCUCCCGAACAUGGGAACCUGUAGAAGAUACUUUUUUUGUCCUUGAAUGUGGCCAUUGGGAAAGAAAUGGAGGGAACCACAGGAUACGUGUCCUGGCCUGGGCAGUGUGUUUCAGUGGGGUUUCUGGGGCCAGCCCGGCCAGGUAAUAGAAUGUUUCAAGAGUUGUACGCACAGAUUUUCUCAGCUAUCUGCAUAACCACUUCCCCUAUUAAAGUGGAUUCUACACCAGAGCGGGAUUCCCCACUCAUUUUUCCCCAUGACACCUGCACUUGUUUUUCUGUUUCCAGUAUCGGUCUUCGCUUAGGUGAUCCUCAUUGUCAAACAAUGCUCAUAUGCAGGAAUGGAGCUACAGUGGGAAUCCCAAAGCUUUGCAGACCUGGGUUCAAUUAGCGUUUGUGUUCAUUCAAAUACUUUAGCUGCACUUGAUUGAGCUUGCCUGGCACAAUGGGACUGAUAGAAUAGUCCCGAAGGUGCAAACACCACCCAUCUGGCACUUCAGGCAGGCUUAAUCAAAUGCUCAACCUAUUUGAAAGUAAUCAAAUACUAUUUGAAGUUACUCCACACUUAGCUUUGCUUAUCGUGAAUUUACCAGCAAUGAGCUAUUCCUGUAGUUUAUCAAUAGCAUUAGGGACAUAUAAGUAGUAAGAUGUCAGUGCACUGAAGUGCCUACAGUACUGUGUUCAUAUAUAACCAUGCUUUUUCAUUAUAGCAAUGUAGCAAGGUGCAAUUUCUUUCUCUCCUACUCCACUCACUGAAUCCCUCUCCAUACACUUUCCCUCACUCCUUAAGAGGAGAGCUGAUGUCACGGGGAGGGGGCUGGUCUGCCUGUGUCUAUAAGUACAGGCACCACAGAGGGAAUCUCGCUCUAUAUGAAGGGAAGCUAACCCUAGCUGAGCUGAGCUGACACUGUAGGAGAGCAAAGAAACACCAAACUAGUGUAGCUUUUAGUGCGCUCGCACAGAACUAUGGAUCGGUUCAGAUGAAUGAAUAGGUAAACUGACAGAUCAACAGACUUCUGGACUCACGUGCAGGCUCUGGACAGUAUAUCGUCACAGCCACCAGGUUUAUAUUCUCCAUCUAACGACCUCUGAUUGAAAUUUUGGGAAGUACGCUUUCAGGAUGUUUUCUCUGGUUAGUUUGAGAAGGACUGUUUCUACCCUGUUCGUUCUCCUCUUCAGUGCUGCUGUCAUGGUGGAGAGUGACUGUCCUGCCCAGUGCUCUUGUGGCCCAUCACCCCCAAUGUGCCCAGUGGGCGUUAGCUGGGUGACAGACGCCUGUGGCUGCUGUAAAGUGUGUGCCAGGCAGUUCAACCAGGACUGCAGCCCCAGCCAGCCCUGUGACCACAUCAAGGGCCUGCACUGCCACCUGGGGGCUGGGGGAAACCCAGAGAGAGGCCUGUGCCGAGCGGAGGCCAAGGGCCAGUCCUGCGAGUUCAGCGGGCGUGUCUACCAGCAUGGAGAGGACUUCCAGCCCAGCUGCCAGCACCAGUGCAGCUGCAUGGAUGGGGUGGUGGGCUGCAUGCCACUCUGCCCCCACCAGGUGUCCCUGCCCGACUGGCGCUGCUCCCAGCCAAGGCUGGCACGGCCCUUGGGCCGCUGCUGUGCGGAGUGGGUCUGUGACGACAACAACCACAUCAGUGAGGACCCAGAGGAACCUCCACAGGUAGCCCUGCCCACCCCACAACCCCUCCCAAACCACAUCAACAACCAGCUCCAGGAACAGCCACGCUAUCAGGCCAGCACUGGAGUCACCUUUAGAGAGGUGGUGCCCCUCCCCAGGUCCCAGGUGUUGCUAAGCGCCAGAUGCUUCCCGCAGACCACUGAUUGGACGGAAUGUUCCACUACCUGUGGGAUGGGCAUCUCCAGUCGGGUGACCAAUAACAACGCAGACUGCCAGCUUGUCAGAGAGACACGACUGUGUCAAGUCCGCCAAUGUGACCUGCGACUUACCCCAGCAAUCAAGAGGGGAAAGAAGUGCCAGCGUUCAGUGCGCCCUCAGGAGCCAAUCAGCAUCAACUUUGCUGGCUGCUACACAGCACGGCACUAUCGACCUCGCAGCUGCGGCUCCUGUGUGGAUAGACGAUGCUGCACCCCUUCACUGACCCGCACCGUCCGCCUGCGCUUCCACUGUCCCGACGGAGAGGGCUUCACACGCAACGUCAUGUGGAUCCAGCGCUGCAGCUGCAAGAAGAGCUGUCACAUUCACGGCUCCCCCUCAAGGCCCUCUGUCAGCCUACACAAUGACAUCCACACCUUCAGGCACUGAGUCAGGAUUAGGAGGAUGCCCAACCCCAGCCUCGACACACUGGAUAGGGCUAGGGCAUGCUAGUCUCUCCCCAUCUUCCAUACGCCCUCUGCCCACGGAUAGCCCUGCCUUUCAGCCCCUUCCUGGACAUCAGUGUGGCUGGCAGCCUCUCCCCGCCUGCACCAGCACAAGACUAUGGGAGUGAGAGCUAGGUGGCCGCUCCCUCCAUCCAGGCGGAACUAUUGCUUGCACUUUAAGCUUCCUGACACAUUGCCCCCAGUUAUCCAACAUGAGAGAUGGGUAGCUAUUUGGUGCAACUCUCUGCGGCUAGGUCCAGUUCCACUUCCCUGCUGAUGACCCAGCCACUGAACUGUUCCGGUGGAGGAAGGGACAGCACUGAGCACAACAGACUAUAGAUGUCCUGAUGUCACUUUCUUGAUGUCAUGUUGAACUUAUGGGUGAAAUAUGUAAAUUAAUCCUCUGCUUUUCACCCUUUUUUAUUAUUAAUUAUUUUUUAUUUGUUAACAUUGUCAAGUCCCUCUAUAUAACCACAGUGGGGAAAAAAAGAAAGGAACGUGUAUGCAUGUAUAUGAGGGACAUAUUACUUUUUGUCAUAAUGUGUGAAUUAGUGAGGCCAGUGAAUGUGUCAGGAUGUGAUGAGCGAUGACCAUGGGCAAUCCCAUACAUUCAUGUAUGAUGAAGUGUUUUGUCUGAUACAUUGAUGGUCGAAUGAGGACAGGACGUCAUCAAUGAUUGUACCUGUAUGUUACAUGUUGUGUGUGUGAGAGAGAAUGAAAAGGUGAGAAAACAGAGUGUUUACAUGUGUGUGUUUGUCAAUUUACAGAGUAUAGUGUGUACAGACUUCACUCUUUGUUGAGUGGCAAUUUAUACAGAUCACCUCAUUUUCCGGGGUGUGUUUUUAUUGCCUCAUAGUAUGGAGACUUUCUUAUACUGGAGGGAAGAUUUUACUAUAUGUAUUUAAGAUUUAUAUAUUGUUUGAAUUCUUAUCAAUAAUUCUCUGAUACAUCAAAUAAAACCUUAAACACGU